CCAGUGACUUUCGUACUGGACACAUGUGCUCUUUGGCUUCAGCCACUGAGACAUCCUCAUCGCUUGCAUCUGGAGUUGAUAUUUCCUCCUCCUCUUCUCUGACCAUGUCAGAGAAUUUCAAAAAUGCACCUUUCCUUGGAAUUUCAAAGUCUCUGCAGUACUCUCUUCCUGUGGAGAGCAAUGCAGCCUCCCUACCAGGAAGUGUCUGCAAUUUCCACAUGGUCUCUGCUCCAGCCAGCACCUCAGCAUGGCCCCUGCCAUCAGCCUCUGGCACCUCUUUCCAACCUCUCAUGGGUGGUGCCUACUUUUACCAACAUUCUAGCACAACCAUGCUAUCUGGAGUUCCAGCUGCUUCCAAUCCUGGAGUUUUUGAGUGGGCUCUCACAGGAGGCAUUGAAAAGAAGUCACCAUCACUCAGCGACUUCACUGUGACUGUCAUCGACCAGGACACAGCUGUCUCCUCCAUAUCUCUGGCAUCCCAGUUUGGUAAAACCGCAGAUGUCCAUAACAUGGCCCCUCUGUAUCCAUCACUUUCUGUCAGCCUUGUUCAGGAGGCACCAUCUCACAUUCCAAAUCAGGGCCAUAGCCUGCCACUUCCCUACCAUGAGGGAAGCCAGGUGUGUUACUAUAAUCAGGGCCCUCUGCUCUCUGCAGAAAGUGGCCCCUACCUGCAGUCCUAUGGCUCUGUGUCUUACACCGAGAGCAGGGCCUCUGCCCCUGACCCAGGGAUGGUCAUGGUGCUAAAGGAGGCUCAGCCCACAAAUAUGAUACCACCAGUCUCCACCUCUGGAAUCUGCUACUCUGUGCCUCCUCAACCCACCACAAAGACAGGUUUUCAAGUGAUGGAGACUUCCCUGGGGAUGGAGACUUCCCUGGCAUUGCAACUCCCAGGCCAAAUAUUUUAUCUACCACCUCCAAAAUUCCCCAAGUCCUGCAGUAACAAACAUAUCCAGGUACUUGAGAGUUACCCACCACCUCAGAGUGGGGACAUAGCAAUGGCAUCUCUAGUCCAGAGUCCUAGUAAUCUCCUGGCACUGCCUCCAGCUCCAAGCCAGGAACAUAAAGAGAAUAAGAAUGUGGAGAAUAUUAAAACCAAGCUUUCCAAGUAUCUGAAUGGCUGCCAGAUCCCAAGAGAAAACCAAGCUUCUCCACUGCUCCAUUUAGAAAUACCUGACAUUCCGCAGGUCCUGGCAUGCACUGAUCCGCUUGACCAAGAGAAGAAGCCUAGUGGUGACAACUCUGGUUUGGGAAAGAAUAGCCUGAGUCGUAAGGACCAAGGGACACUUGAAAAUGGGACUGAAUCUAAUGACAGUUUUGCAGACAUCGCUACACUGGUGAAGGGUAUUCACCUUCCACAGGUCUUAACUUCCUUGGCUGACCUUGAUCAGCCCCAAGGUUCCAAGGUGAUCAAAACCAAAGACACCAGAGGCCUCAAGUUGCACGAGGGGCAGAAAAAGUCAAGUGUCAGAAAGGCUCGCUCUGAUCAAGCGGGGAAGAUCAAACAUAAAGCCUCUGAGCCUAUCGGUGAUGCUCCCAAGGCCAAGAUCAAACCCAAGAGCCCAGACUGUGUGUUUGUGGGAGAAGUGGUUCAUUGCAAUGCUGCAGCUGGUGGCAGGGCUCCUGGGAUCAUGGCUGAGCAUUCUAACAGCAAUGUUCAGAAACCUGCAGCCAGCAGGACCAACAAAUCUAAGAGCUAUAGGCCGGAAAACACCAAAAGAAACCAAGAAAACUACUCCAAGAGAGCUGAGGAGAGGAAGCAGUCAGGGAACAAAGUCAAGGCAGAGGAGAAGCCAGCCAUUCCCAAGAUGAAGAGGAAGAAAAGUCAUCCUGAGCUGCCACCAGAGGACAUCAAAAAGCCUCGCAGCGGCCUCGGUAUGCACAUGCUGGAGUCUGUGCAGGUUUUCCAUGCACUGGGCAAGAAGAGUGAUAAGAAAGCUGACCUGUCUUCCUCACGGGCCCAGGGAAACUUAAGCAACCCCAGAGGCCCCCAGCCACGCCCAGCUAUCAAAAGAUGGCUGGAUUCUCCGGGGAAGGGCAAAGGUCCUGAGACAACAAAAGUCAAAUGCCAGAAACCAUAUGGAAGUGCUGACAAAGGGUCUUCAUCUCCAUCCCAGGAACAGCUGCCAUCUCCCGGGAAGGUCAAGUUGGUGCCAUUGGUUUUUCCAACCAUGGACAAGCCUAGACCUGUUCCUCGUAGGGCACAGACUCUGGCAUCACGUCGGCCUGCGGUUACCAACCCUGCCAAGCAUGCCACAGUCACUUCAUCCCAGCCAAAUCCUGCAUCUUUGACAGGUCCUGUCAGAUCAGAUCGGCCAAUGUCCACCAACUCAGCCAGACCAGCUUUGAACAACCCUGACCAGCCUAGAGUCCCUCAGCCUCCUGCUUCUAGGCCUGCACCCUACAAAACAUCAUCUCGUGGUUCCUUGCAGCGGGAGUCUGUUCACACUGCUGUGAGCCAGCCCCAGAUCCCGCUUAAGCCUCACAACCACUAUCCACUCCAGGAUUUUGCCCUCCAACCAAUUCCAUGGAGGAAACCUGAGGUUCUGGGGCCAGUAAUGUCAACACCCAUCACAAAUGAGCAGAGGCCAGAGCGAGAGGCCAUGAAGAGGAAGGCUCAACUAGAGCGUGAGAAUGCUGCCAGAUGCUCAUUGGGGAAAAUGCAGCAUUUCAUUGAGAGGGAAAAAGAAAUGGACAUUUCUCUGUACUAUGGCUAUGUGAUGUAGGACAUGCUGGGAGUGUUGGUGCCACUUUGGGUACCUGUUGUUUUUCCAUAGAU